CCCACUCAGGAGACUGCGCCAUAUUGGAAACAAAGCAAGUUGUGUCCGGUUUUAGUUUCCUUGGCAUAAGCUGCAAAGCAUGGCGAGGUUGUGACUUAACCAAUUUGAAAGAUGAGUUUUCUGAAGAUCGCACUGGUCCUCUGUGUGGUGAUAGAACAGCUGGACAGCACCCUUGCGCAAACAAACGAGUGCGUCGGUCCUCCUCCAUCGUACAGCAACAGCACGUUUGACCGGUGUGUAGCGAACCAGGCGACAGGCGGUUGUAACUGCACUGACCCGGCUGAGACUUGUAGUUUCGGUGACCAACUGUACUACACAUGUAACCAUGGCAUUGGUUUGGACUUUAUCAUAGUCUGCAACUACAAGGAUGCGGUUGGAAACUUCUUUGGAUUUAUCAUCUUGCAAGAUUCUAGAGAGAAAUUUGAAGCCUGCACGGGCUCCCCGGCCCCGGUGCAGUCAACGCCACCACCACUACCCACAUUUCCUCCCUCUAACUGCUCAGAGUUCAAUGUCGCAACCUGGCCGCCGGAAGGUAUACCUAUUUUGCUUUUUUUUGUUAAGAGCUCUAGAUUAUAUUUGAUACCCAUCUAGAGUGAUGAAUACAGAGUAUAGGAA